AUGAUGAACGCUUUAUCCAAAACAGGCAAUAUCUAUGAAGAAUCCAUCGAGAAGAAAAAUGACCGAGAAACAAUGAUAUUCACACCGGAAUUGUAUGAAAGAGUCAUUGCUGCCAUCCUCUGUUCAUUCAAUUCAACAACAACGAAUGCUGAGAAACAAAACGCUUUGAAAUUUCUCGAAGAUUUGAAAGAAAACCAUUCUCUUCUAUGUUUAACGAUCGCAUUCGAACUGUUAAAACAAUUGAACAAUCAGCCAGUUCUUCAUCAUUACAGUCUUCAUCUCUUAGAAUCAAUUAUCAAACAAAAAUGGAAUGUAUUGAGAACCGAUGAACGAAACCUUGUGAAAAAGCAACUAUUUGCACUGGUACGAAGUACUUACCUGAAUCAAAUACUUUCCCAAGCAGUUUACAUGAGAAAUUCUCUUGCGAAAUGUCUUGUCGAAUUGAUAAAGCGUGAUUGUUUUGAAAAAUUUAACACAGCAUCCGAUGAAACGAUCAACAUGUUACAAGAAAUCGCUCAAAUUCAAGAGAAUAAUUCCACUCAACUCGAACUCAUCUUACUUGUUUUUCGUUUCCUCAACGAAGACCUGACACUCUACGCACAAACAAUUCAAGCACAACGUCGUCGACAAAUUCUCAAUCAGUUACAGAAACGGAUCAAUGACAUUCUACCGUGUUUGAUCCGGAUAUCGAAUGAUUUAUCGACCAUGCCCGAACAACAUGAACGUCUCACCCAAACUUGCUUAUUGACUGUGAACAGUUUUCUCACCUGGGUGGAAUAUAAUCAUUUUGAACAAUACGAAUUAUUUCUUUGUGAAUUAUUCUUGAAGUUCUUUCAGUUGAAUUCCGUUAAACUACGUCAUGCAUCUUUCGAAUGUUUAUUGAGUUUGGUGAAUAAGCGUUUAGCAAGAAAACAAUUACAACAACAGCAGCAACAAAGAAAUAAACGCAUUGCUUCGUUGCCAUCAGCAGCUCUCAAUUGUCAACAGGAAAAACUUUUCCUUAACUAUUUACUCGGUGAUAAUACAUUAGAAAUGUUCUAUCGGCUUUUAAUCAGUCCAACUGAUUCACUCGAACAAUUGCGAACGAUUGUUACGAACGAUCAUAUCAAUUGUCUUAAAAUGCUUGGACAACUUCUUGUUAAAUUAUCGAAUAAUUUAUUACAGUUGUAUCAACAAUUAGCAACGAAAUCGAUCGAUAAUAACGAAUUUCUAACAUUCGUCAACGAACGAACUCGUUCGUUCCUGCAGUUUCUUCUUCUGUUAAAUCAACAUCCAUUUCAUCAGUUAUCCCUAAAUUCCUAUCAAGCAUUGAAUUUAUUUCUCACUCGACAGCCCAGUUUAUUAUCCAAUGAACAAUUUUGUCUGAAACUGAUCUUCAAUCUCAAACAGUCAUUACAUCGGAUUCAUUUUCCAUCAUCAAUAAGUACACCAACAGAUAAUGACGAUGAAACCUUGAAGAAACAAUAUCUACACAAUCAACAAUGUUUCAUCUAUGCAUUGUUCGAAUAUGACAGUGAAGAACAAUUCUUUUGGAAAUUUUUCUCUCAAUAUCGAAGUGAACUACAAAAAUUAAUCAAAGCAUUUAUUGGCUUGUUCUUUGCCGAGAUCAUCCCUGAACGUUCGACCGAAAUUGAAACCAAUGUUUUAUGUUUGAAAUCCAUGCUUGAAAAUCUCUUCGUCUAUCUGGAAUCUCUUGUACAACGUACACCGACGAAGACAACAAAUAGUUUACUAUCGAUCUAUUUAAUAAUCGAAUGGGAGGCGUUCUACCUUCUUCUCGAUCAUGUUCUUUUUCUCAUUCGGAAAGAAUUAUUUUCUUCAUCGAAUCUAUCAAGAACAUCUCAAGAAAAGUUCCAAACAUUGCUAAUGCCACCGACGAUGACUGAACAACUUCUUCGCACAUUGAAAUUUCUUCUGCAAUUCACUCCGAAUCUAAGCGAACAUAUUCAUGGACAUGUUUUGAAUCUUUUAUCAUGCAUGUUUUUCAUCACCCAACAUGAACCAUCAUUGGCUAUCCAGAUCAUUCAACGAUUGUUGUCAACGUUCCAAAUGUAUCAACAACAGGCGAUCAAUGGAACGAAUAUGAACGAGUGCGACGUGAUGCAGACACAAUCAUCGAAUGCAUUUUUAUAUUUAUGCAAAAAUUUCCCAUCGAAAAUGCUCGAAUACUAUUCGGAAUUAUUUCCGUUUCUUUGUCAAUUAUAUAAAAAUGAAUUUCAGUACACCAAGACUUGUUUGUCCGUUACAGUCGAUGAACUAUCGAGUUCGACCUUGAAGUUACUCGAUUCGAUUCAAAUCUUAUUUCAUUACAAAAUUCAAAAAGAUAAUAAUCAAUUCGAAGAUUUCUACGAACUCAUUCGACCGAUCUAUGAAAUUUUAAAUGUUUCGUUAACAUCAGAAACUCUACCUGAAUUUAUUGAUUAUCUUGAUCUAUGUUCGAAUCGAGCGAAUCAAAUGAACAUGACACGUUUCCGUCGACGAAAUCUCAUGCUUGCUUUACAUUGUCUAUGUUUAUUGCUACGUUAUUCCAAACAACAAGCUGACGUUCAUAUCCGUGGACAAAUUUCUGUUUGCCUUCGACCAAUCCUCUCCGAUUGUAUCAUCAAAGUAACCCAAUUCUGCAAUCAAUUAUACGACAGACAAAUCAAUCCGUAUUAUGAAAUUAUGAAAGCAAAUCUAACGUACAGUGAAACAGAAAAGCAAUUAUAUUUAGGCACGUAUGAAAGUAACAAUAUGGCAAAGGCGACGAUUACUUCAACUGUCACACCCUCAAGUUUACCGGUAAGUUUCAUUCGUUUUCAAUCGACAUCGAAUUCAGUGAUUGAUGAUCAACGUCUUCGCGAUUAUCUUCAUCGAUUAUUUGAUAUAUGUUAUCAAAUAAAUGGUAUCUAUUUUGCACAUGAUACGGAACUCUAUUCGAUACAAUUGAACGAUGAAACUUACUUUCUCACAACAUUCUUACAAAAAAUUCUCUUUCAAAAUUUCAAUACACUUCCAUCAUUUCGUCUUCGAAUCGUUCUUCGACACUUUUGUCGUUUAUUCGUGGAAAACUAUUGCUCAUUACCGACAGCCGAUAAAGACAGUAUCAACGAACUGUUUCUGACUUUCCUUGAUGUUUUUCUACCGUAUAUUCAACAGCGUCUAACAGUUAUGUGGAAUAAUUUGUUGACAACGACGACAGCGACAACAACGUGUCGACAAGGUGAAUGCUCUGAUGAAGUUAUUGAAGAAUGCGUUUGCGUACUAAUCACACGCGAUUUCGUCGAUAUUAUUCGUUAUUUUAUCUUCAAAACCAUUCCGGGUCAAACGAAUUCAAACAUAGCAAAGAAGAAGAAUAAAAUUUCCAAUGGGCGUAAUAAUAGUGAGAGUAUGUGUGAAGAAACCAAUGGAGAACUAGAUCAGAUCGAUGAAUGGGAUGAACAAGCGGCUAGUAAUAGUAUCAGUAACAAAUUAUUGAAUAAUUCACAGGAAAAAAUGGAUUACAGCGAUUUGUUUAUGUAUAUGAUGAAAAUGUCUCGACAAAAUUUUCCAUUGGCAUUGCGCCUUUUCAAUUAUGUCAUUCAGAUUUUGUUUGAGUGUUUAACAUUUCCGGAUGCAUAUUGUAUUAAUCGAUUUCUACCAAUUAUUCUUCCGAUUACGAAACUUUACACAGAUAUUAUCGAUAAACUUAUGAAUACAUCACCAGUAACUGAUAUUAAAGUCUUAUUUCAAUAUUUGUUAAAAGCACUCGAAAGACAUAACGAGAACGAAGGUGUGAAUACAAAUUUGAUCUCAUUGAUAGGUCAUGUCUAUGAAUUGUGGUAUAAUCAAUACGGUCAACAGAUGGAUAUGGCUCUACAUCAAUCAAUUCCGCAGUUAAAUAUUGAACUGUUGAACGCAUAUAAAACAAGAUUGGUGACAAAUAGUAAUAAUAAGAAACAAGUACCUAUUACAGAACGUGAACGACGUGAUACAAUCAAGAACUUGUUAAAUCCUCUUUUGUUGUCACCGAUAGCAUCCACGAAAAAAGAAGGAUUGAGCUCCAUAAAUUCAUUUUUAGUUUAA